UUGACUCAGUAUGUGUGUUAUUUCUAUCAGCGAAAUGGACAGUAAUGGAGUUUUAUGUUAUGAAUGUUUAUAUUUUGUGCGUUAGAUUAUUAGACCUGUGACACUAAAGUUGUUUUUACUGUUUAACGGAAGUCUUUGCGAUUUUUUUGAAUGAGAAAACUGCUACUGUGCAAUAGAAGGAACAAACAUCUGUGUUUAUGCCAGUUACAAAACUUAAUUUCUAAUGGUCCUAAGGCAUCGUGAGUUUAAAAUGGCCUCAGAACAGCCAGUUAAAAAGAGAUUAAAAAGAACUAAUAACAUUAGAAGUGAGGAUGAACCAGACUACAUUCAUAAUUUGGCAGAAAAUGGAAUGCGAAAUGAAUUAUCAGCACUGCAUCUUUCUAUGCCAUCUGACAUUAAUGAAAUAAAUAGGCAAACUAUUUCAACUCAGUUUCAUAGUGAAAACAAUGUUAAUGUGAGGACCACUGAUAGUGAAAUAAUAAGGACUAAUGGAACUGAUGAUACAAGGUUUAUAUCACAAGCAUCUAAUUGUGCAAAUAUGUCUUUGGAGCCAGCACCUAAUAUUGUAAUUCGUAAAGAAAAAAGUGAAUCAUGUCUCAGUAGUUACAACAGUUCCUCUGCUGGAGAAUGCAAUUCAUUGAUAUGUAAUUCUAGUUCAAGUUAUUCUGGACUAAUUGAUAAUAGUUGCCAUGUGUCUAGUGCAAAUUUUCCUUGGACCAAUUACACAAACUGUAAUAUUUCUCAUGAUAACCAGAACAAUAUCAACAGUUCACAUAAUUCAAAGAAUAGUUUUUUAAUAAGUGAAAUAGUGGAUUCUAAAGGUGAAAGUAAUAAUUUAAACAAUUUGAAAGAUCCAUCCAGUUCAAGGGUAGAAGUAGAAGGUAAUACAGAAGAUAUAUUUUCUAUGUUUAGAAAUGCAUUGGUUGAACAGUGUUUAUGUGACAUUCCAAACAGUUUUUUGCAGAAAAUUUUAGACUCACUCUAUCAAAACAAACUUAAUGGUACAAAGAUGAUAACUUUAGAAACUCUUGCCAUAGACAAAAUUUUGCAAUUUCUAUCUCAUGUAGACUUGCUAUUAAGUGUUUAUUUGAAACAAAAUAAUCAGGGAAUGAUCUGUUCUGCAGUUGUAAAUGUUUGUGAUUUGUUCAUCAGAAAUGAGUAUAAUCUCAUCCAGCAAAUUAUUGCUUUGUGUGAACUUAGAAAUAAGUAUGUUAAUUAUGCAGCAGCAAAAGUUGUCAGCAGCUUUUUAAUCGUUGCAAAAACUAAUAUUGAUAAUUUGUGGCUGGAAAGUAUAAUGGGAUACUUACAACUUAAUAGUAUGGACUAUAAAAACAUUAAUUUUGCUUUAGAAAUUAUUAGAAGGGUAGUUGAAUGGAAAGAUGUUGAUAUUCAUAUUCUGGAUGAGUCUCAAGUUAAAGCAGAUGGUGCUAGUACUAGCCAAACAACUUCUAAUGCUUCUUCAAAGUGUUCCAAAGUACAAUAUGUAGAUGCUGAAAGUUAUGACACCUCUAGUAUUAAAGGUCUUUUAAUUAAACAACUUGAAUCUAAGUGGCCUAAUUUGAUAAGUAAAAUACAAUAUCUUAUCAUGAACAAUAAUUCUGUUGAAGCACAAACAUGUAUAAUUUCGUUCUUGAUGUUAUGGGAAAGUACAAUAUCGGUCAGAGCGAAUUUGAGUGUCAUCGAUAUCAAACCGUUCUACGCUCAUCUCGAAAAUUUCGUGAAUCUCCUUAAUAAUUCGUUGCCUUGUAUAAUUUGGAAACAGUUGCUGUCAUUAUUCAACGAAGUACUAUGUUACGGUAGUACAUUAGCUUUACAAGACAUGCUCCCCGAUGAUACGUGCCAAUUAGCGCAUUUGAUCGUUCGCUAUGUUAAAGAUUUUCGAUUAUUAGAUAGUCUGCCCUACAGAUGUAGAGAUGGUUACGUUGUGCAUAGUUUUGUUGGGACAAUAGCCAGCAGUGGUGGUACAACAACGUCCACUGCUAUAGACAGAACACUCAUUCAGAAAAUAAUUCUUUUAGUUCUCAAGUCGGUUGCUGUUACUAUAAAAGAAACCAGGUCUGACAGUUCCGAUUCUAGUGUAGGUUCUGACGAUUACGAUUUCUAUCAGGAUAUGCAACUGAUUGAGAGGUCGAUACGAGACGUUCUUAAGAAGGUUGAUAUUUUUACUAAGAGUAGUCUAGACUAUCAUCCUGAAACUCCCUUUUCUAAAUUAUUAGUUAAUGUAUUUAGUGACCAGGACGAUUAUAUGAUAGAGUCAAUGGUUUGUCUUCUCGAUAUAACAGUCGGAAUAUCGUACCGCAAUGCUGUAUUCCCUGAUCUUGCUAAUAUGCUGAAUCCCGUAAAUUCUUUUCUAGAAUUCCUUAAAGUAGUAAGUCACGAUUCAGAUGUACUGCUCGAUUACUUGGUGAGCAAUGAGACCUGUUUCUUGUUAUAUUUGUUAAGGUUUUUGAAAUAUAUACGUAAAAAUUGGUCUAAAUUCGUCCAUAGCUGUGAUAGUUCGAGUGCGUUGUCCAGAACAAACGAACUUGAUAGCACUAUGACGGUACUCAUAAGAUUAAAAAUUCAAAUUAAUCGUUUAGUAUCUAGAGAUCUAUUUCCUUAUAAUAUAAGCCCUAUUCUUAAGUUAUUAGAAUAUUGUGAAGGAUUGUAUGAAGGAAACGAAUACAGCUGAUAGUUUUAAAAACGUAUUAUAAAAGUAAGCAUCAUUAAUUAUAGAAAAGACUGGAACACUCUUAUUAAUAGUUUUAAUUGUAAAUUAAUUCCACACAUAAGGUCAGCGUUAAAUUAUUUUAAUUUGUUUUUGAGAAAUAUACUUGCCCUCGCUUAAUCUGUAAAUGUACAACGUACUUGCACUUGUAUAGUUUUUCUUGUAGAAAUGUUCAAAUUCGCGAAUCUACUUCAACAUUAUUUUAUUUAUAUUUAAACAUAGCCUGUAGUAAGUUAUUACUUAUUUAUUAAUUUAAAAUUCUAUCUUUUAAGCUUAAUUUUUACUACAGCAAUAUUUUAACAGUAUCAGUUACCCUACAAUAAUUAUAAUUCAUUGUAAAUAAAAUUCCUUCGACAAGAAAUUAAAACUUGUA